CUCUCUCUCUCUCUCUCUCUCUCAGUCAGUUUUCUGUCUCUACACAAGUGACUAGAAGGUUUUCCACUGCUCUCUCCAGGAAACAGAUCUUUAAUAAUGGAGAAAGGACCCGCUCUCCCUCCAUAUUCUGGUCCUGAGGUCAACCAAACUCAGUUCACACCUUACCCAGUACAAUACCAGCCUCAGCCAGUUUAUCCACCUCAUCCCAAAGAUGGUUUUGCUCCAGCGGUCCAGUCUUCACCAGCACCUGUUGUAGUCACGCAGGUGGUUAUGAUGCCACCUAGUCUGAGCGAUGUCCCGGGACAGACGAAAUGUCCUCACUGCCAGCAGCAGAUCAUCACAGAGACGCGAUACGUCAACGGCCUGCUCACCUGGCUCAUCUGCGGAGGUCUCGGCAUUCUGCUGAUCUGGCCGUGUUGUCUGAUUCCCUUCUGUGUGAGCGCCUGCAAGGACGUAGAGCAUCGCUGUCCAAACUGCAAGCAUGUCGUCUUCCUGUACAAACGCAUGUAGCUCGCAGGUCUGGGAUGAUCUUCGGACAUAACACUGAUAGAAUUGGACAGGAUUGUGUUAGUCUUUUUUUUUUGAGCAUACAGUUGAAGGCAAAAUUAUUAGCCCUGCUGUGCAAUGUUUGUUAUUUUUAAUUAUUUUCCAAGUGCACAUUUUUAUGCAUAAUAGUUUUAAUAACUAAUAUCUAAUAACUAUUUCUCUUAUCUUUGCCAUGAUGACAGUAUAUAAUAUUUAACUAGUUGUUUUGCAAGAAACUAGUAUUCAGCUUAAUGUGAAAUUUAAAGGCUCUGUAGGCAAUCAAAAAAUAUGUUCUUAAGGGGGCUAUAAUAUUGCUAUUUUUAAAAAAUUGUAUUUAUUCAAGCCAAACUAAACAGACUUACACUGUCUCCAGAGGAAAAAUAUAAUUAAAAUGAAAAUAAUAAUAAUAAUAAUAAUAGAAAAAUAUUUGAAAAAUAAUGAAAAUUUCACAGCAGGUAUAAUAAUUCUGCCUUCAACUGCAUAAAGGACAAAGAUGACACUGAACUGAAACAAUAUACAUUUAAUACAGCUGAACUGUUUUCAUCACAUUAUAUUCACUUUCAUUUUGUACUUACUCACCAUAAAAUGUCUGUCACACAUUAAAGCACGGUGCUAAAUGUAAGUCAGUGAAAAAACAGAUUUUCAGCCAAAAUCAAAUUUUUUAGAUUAGAUUUGGCCAAACUAAUUUUUAUAGCUAUAAACCUUCCAAGCUAUAAAAAUUUGACACUUGAGCCUGUAUUUUAUAUGUAUAAAAUCAAUUUUGUCCAUUUAUUCAUCAUAUUAUGUGGUGGGCAAGAAAACUGCUGCCCCAUAUUUUUUUGUUGUUGUAAAUUGUGUAUAGAUAUUACGUUUAAGCAAACCUUUAAUAACAUUUUGCUGUCAUUUUGCUCAUUUAUAUUAAUAAAAAACUUGCCGUUAAAAAAAAAUCACUUUAUACACUGCUUUUUUUGUAUCAAAGAUAUUUGCAUCUGCUGCUCACUACAAGCCUAAAGUGCCUUCUGCUGUUCACCACCACUUCUUUAGUAUAAGUUGUGUUUAGGUGUUAAAUUUAAGCAAAUAUUAUUGAACCUUUUGCUGUUGUUUUUCUCAUUAAUUUAAAUAAAUACCUUUCAAUUUAAAACUC